AUGCAGACUGCUUCUACAAACAUUUGUGACAGAAUAGGUCACUCUCAGGAGCUCAGUGAAUUCAAGCGUGUUUCCAUGAUAGGUUGCCACCUGUGCAAUAAGUCCAUGCGUAAAAUUUCCUGCUACCAAAUAUCCACGGUCAACUGUUAGUGGUAUUAUAACAAAAUGGAAGCAAUUAGGAACAACAGCAUUCAGCCACGAAGUGAGUGGCGUCAACACAUGCUGAAGCACACAGUGCACAGAAGCCACCAACUGUCUGUAGAGUCAGUAGCUAAAGACCUCUAAACUUUGUGUGGCCUUCAGAUUAGCACAAAAGUGCAUAGAGAGCUUCAUGGAAUGGGUUUCUAUGGCCAA